AUGAAUUUUUUAACAUGGAUUUUCUUGUUUGCUUUAACUGCUCUACAGUUGGUACAGUCUAAACCACUAAGUCUUGCUAGACGUAUUCGCCGUUCUGGUAGUAGUAGUAGUAGUAGUGGUGGUGAUUAUGGAGGGGAUUAUGAAGGUGGUGACUAUGGUGGUGACUAUCAUGGUGCCACUGGUGGUAGUAGCGGUGGUUCAGAUUAUAAUUGGGGAAACUAUGGUGGUAAUAGCGGUGGAGGUGGAAGCGGAGGAUCUGAUUAUAAUUGGGGAAGCUAUGGUGGAAGUAGCGGAGGUCAAGGUGGUUGGGGAGGUGGCUAUGGAGGCUAUGGUGGGGGAAGCAGCGGAGGAGACGGCGGUUGGGGCGGAGGAUAUGGAUUUGGUGGAGGUCAUGGAGGUAGCAGUGGUGGACAUGGAAGCUCAUCUGGUGGAGGUUACGGUGGCUAUAUAUCAUCAUGGGGUUCAGGGUAUGGAGGUUACGGCGGCUAUGAUGGGUAUGGUAUUAAUGCUGCUGGAGGCUACGGUGGGUAUGGAAGCUUCCCGACAUACAGCUAUGGUGGAUUUGGCUUUCCAAGCAUUGCCACAAACUACGGCUUUCAAAAUUCGGGAUUCGCUUAUCCAGGUAUUUCGACAGGAUUUUACAAUCCUUAUGGCUUAUAUGAUCCUAAUCUUUUGGCAGCGGCUUAUAAUCCAACUCAGCAACUAUAUCCAUCAUACAACAAUUUUUAUCCAAGUUAUGCACAAGCCGGUGCGGUCCCUGGAGCAGGGCAGGUUGUUGGAUAA